CCCAGUCUUCAGAACUGUGAGGCAGACGCUCUAACCAGUCCAUCACCGUUCCACCAAUUUGUCAACUAAUUCAACAAUUAUUAUCGAUAGCAACUUUAAUAUAGUAUUUAAUCCAACCACAGACCGCUCACACUCAAAAAAUUCCAAACAAUCGCAGUCUUCCCAAAUAUUAGUUGAAUAUAUGCAUUAUUUCGGAAUCGCCGACAUAUGGAGAAUAAAAAAAAAACAUACAAAAAGGAAUACACUUUCUUUUCUUCAGUUCACCUCUCCUUCUCUAGAUUUGACUACUUGCUCACAAAUAACUCAAUUGCUCAAAACAGCGCUUCCAAAAUACAUCCAAUAAUAAUUAGCGAUCAUGCUUGAAUUUCUCUCUGCCUCAAACUUUAAUCAAACAUGCUACCUUCUCCAACCUGACGCUUUGAUACUUCUCUACUGAAAGAUCCAGAGUUUGAUAUAUUUGUAAGUAAGGAAUGGGAAGAUUUUCUCGAUAGGAAGGAUUCCACAAAUGUAUCCCCAUCCUUACGUUGGGAAACAGGGAAAGCUGUAAUCAGUGGCAAAAUAAUUUCACACUCUUCCUACAAGAAAAAACAAGAAAAAAAAAUUGAAAAUGAAUUGGAGAUGAAAACAAUUCACAGAGGAAUACACAAUGAAUACAACAGAUCUACUUAGGAACCAACUUUAUAAUGCUAAACAACAACUUGAUUGCAUAUUAUCAAAAAGAACAGAGUUCCUACUACAACAGUUUAGAUACACUAAUUUCAAGCACAAUAAUAAAUCACGAAAAUGUCUCGCACACCAACUUCAACGUAACACAGAAAAAACACUAAUUACAUCUGUCCAAGAUUCAAAUGGCAAAUUUACUCAAUCACCACAGGAUAUUCAUAUUUUACAACUACUACAGUAAUUUAUAUUCAUCCCAUAAAAAGCCAAAUAAAAACAGCAUUGAAACUUUUUUCAAUUACCUAAACAUCCCUCAAUUAACUUCAGAAAGUAAAGAGUUUUUAGAUGCUCCAUUAACCUUUAAAAGAGUUACAUAAGGCCUUAAAUGAGAGUUUCAGGCUAUGAUGGAUUUUCCACUGAAAUGUAUCAACAUUUCUGGUGUAUACGAGAACCAGUUUUCAGAAUGGUGAUAGAGAAAAAAGAUAAAUCCCUGUUUAGAAGCCAUAUGAAUACAGCUGCAAUAAAAUUACUACUGAAACCAGGGACCACUGUCACUAAUUAAUACGGACAUCAAAAUCAUGUCUAAGGCUUUCGCCAACCGACUAGAAAAAAAUCUCCCGUCGUUAAUACAUUCUGACCAAACAGGUUUCAUUAAGGGACGGAGCUCCACCAACAAUGUCAGCUGACUGAUAAACCUACUAAGUAUGUCUCAGCGUAAUAACAUAAAAACAAUUGUCUUGUCACCCAAUGCAGAAAAAGCUUUUGACAAAGUUAACUGGUCUUUUCUUUUUGAUGUACUUCACAAAUUUGGCUUUGGUGACUCAUCUAUUCACUGGAUCGCAACGUUAUACAACUCACCCAAAGCAACUGUCACCACAAACGGGAUCACAUCACAAAGUUUCUCUAAAAAAGAGGAACGAAACAAGGCUCGAAGGUGAGCGCCUGGCCUGCCAUGGCCUGCACCCAUGGGGUCCGGCCAGGCAAAGCCUGAAAGGGUAACGUGGGUCCCCCUUCCCAUGGGCACACCACCUGUGGGAGGGGCCAUAGGGGUCGGGUGCAGUGCGAGUUGGGCAGUGGCCGAAGGCAGGGACCUUGGCGAUCCGAUACCCGACUACAGAAGCUGGCUCUCGGUAUGUGGAAUGUCACCUCUGGCAGGGAAGGAGGCCGAGCUGGUGUGUGAGGUCGACAAGUUCCGACUAGAUAUAGUUGGACUUGGGCUUGGGCUCUUCUACCAGUCCUCUUGAGAGGGGUAGGACUCUCUUCCACUCUGGAGUUGCCCACGGUGAGAGGCGCCGAGCAGGUGUGGGUAUACCUAUUCCCCCCCGGCUCGACGCCUGUACGUUGGGGUUCACUCCGGUGGACGAGAGGGUAGCCUCCCUCCGCCUUCGGGUGGGGGAACGGGUCCUGACUGUUGUUUGUGCCUAUGCAACAAAAAGCAGUUCAGAGUACCCACCCUUUUUGGAGUCCUUGGAGGGGGUGCUGGAGAGCGCUCCCGCUGGGGACUCCAUCGUUCUGCUGGGAGACUUCAAUGCUCAUGUGGGCAAUGAGACCUCGAAGGGCGUGAUUGGGAGGAACGGCCCCCCCGAUCAGAACCCGAGCGGUGUUCUGUUAUUGGACUUCUGUGCCCAUCACGGAUUUUGCAUAACAAACACUGUCCAAGUGUAAGGGUGUCCACACGUGCACUUGGCACCAGGACACCCUAGGUCGCAGUUUGAUGGUCGACUUUGUGGUCGUGUCAUCGGACUUGUGGCCGCAUGUCUUGGACACUCGGGUGAAGAGAGGGGCGGAGCUGUCAACAGAUCACCACCUGGUGGUGAGUUGGCUCUGAUGGUGGGGGAAGAUGCCGGUACGACGUGGCAGGCCCGAGCGUAUUGUGAGGGUCUGCUGGGAACGUCUUCCAGAAUCCCCUGUGAGAAGGAUUUUGAACUCCCACCUCCGACAGAACUUUGCUCACGUUCCGGGGGAGGCGGGGCACAUCGAGUCCAAGUGGACCAUGUUCCGCCCCUCUAUUGCCGAGGCGGCCGAGCAGAGCUGUGGCCGUAAAGUGGUCGGUGCCUGUCGUGGCGGCAAUGCCCGAAACCGUUGGUGGACACCAACGGUGAGGGAUGCCGUCAAGCUGAAAAAGGAGUCCUGUCGGGCCCUUUUGGCCUGUGGGACUCCUGAGGCAGCUGAUGGGUCCCGGCUGGCCAAGCAGAACGCAGCUUUGGUGGUCGCAGAAGCAAAAACCCGAGUAUGGGAGGCCAUGGAGGAAGACUUCCGGACGGCUUCGAGGAAUUUCUGGUCCACCAUCCGGCGUCUCAGGAGGGGCAAGCAGUGCACCAUCAACACUGUGUAUAGUGGGGAUGGGGCGCUGCUGACCUCAACUCGGGACGUUGAGAGCCGGUGGGGAGAAUACUUCGAAGACCUCCUCAACUCCACCGACACGCCUUCCCAUGAGGAAGCAGAGUCUGGGUUCUCUGAGGCGGGCUCUCCUAUCUCUGGGAUUGAGGUCACCGAGGUGGUUAAAAAGCUCCUCGGUGACAAGGCCCCGGGGGUGGAUGAGAUUCGCCCGGAGUCCCUAAACGCUAUGGAUGUUGUGCGGCUGUCCUGGUUGACACGCCUCUGCAACAUCGCGUGGACAUCUGGGACAGUGCCUCUGGAUUGGCAGACUCGGGUGGUGGUCCCCCUUUUUAAGAAGGGGGACCGGAGGGUGUGUUCCAACUACAGGGGGUUUCACACUCCUCAGCCUCCCUGUUAAGGUCUAUUCAGUGGUGCUGGAGAGGAGGGUCCGCUGGGAAGUCAAAUCUCAGAUACAGGAGGAGCAGUGUGGUUUUUGUCCUGGCUGUGGAACAGUGGACCAGCUCUUCAGGUCCUCGAGGGUGCAUGAGAGUUCGCCCAACCAGUCUACAUGUGUUUUGUGGACUUGGAGAAGGCGUUCGAUCGUGUCCCUUGAGGAGUACGGGGGACCGAACCCCCUGACACGAGCUCCCUGUACGACCGGAGUCAGAGUUUGGUCCGCAUAUCCGGCAGUAAGUUUGACUCGUUCCUGGUGAGGGUUGGACUCCGCCAAGGCUGCCCUUUGUCAUCAAUUCUGUUCAUAACUUUUAUGGACCGAAUUUCAAGGCGCAGCCGAGGCGUAGUGGGGGUCCGGUUUGGUGGCCUCAGUAUUGCAUCUCUGCUUUUUGCAGAUGAUGUGGUUCUGUUGGCUUCAUCAAGCCAUGACCUCCAACUCUCACUGGAGCAGUUCACAGCCGAGUGUGAAGCGGCUGGGAUGAGAAUCAGCACCUCCAAAUCUGAGACCAUGGUCCUCAGUCGGAAAAGGGUUGCGUGCCCUCUCCAGGUCGGGGAUGAGAUCCUGCCCCAAGUGGAGGAGUUGAAGUAUCUUGGGGUCUUGUUCACGAGUGAGGGAAGAAUGGAACGGGAGAUCGACAGGCGGAUCGGUGCAGCGUCUGCAGUGAUGCAGACUUUGUAUCGAUCCGAAAAAAGAAGAAUUUUUAACCUGGAUUGAAAAACAUUCACACUUGUGGCUGAUGUCACUUGGCAACUUAUUGCAAUAGUCAAGUCUACUUGAGAUAAAAGAAUGGAUGAGCUUCUCCUGGUCUGCUUGACACAUCCACAUGUACUCUGGAUAUCUUCUUCAGAUGAACACCUCGACAGCGCGGGGACCUACGCGAGGAUCCUGUUCGUGGACUUCAGCUCUGCGUUCAACACCAUCAUCCCCGAACUCCUCUCCUCCAAGCUUCUCCAGCUCAGCAUGUUGCCUGCCAUCUGCCAGUGGAU